AUUACGAAAGUGUACAAAAUUAAAAAAGUGCUAUUGCGGACUUAGCUCUAAUGGCAAUCUCCGUACCAAAUUUCAUGAAAAUUCAUUACCCGUUUCCGACGUUUACAUUGCUGAAACUGUAGUUCAUAAGGCCACCGAUAGAUUGAAGCAUGACCUUUCGGUUGAAACACGAGACAGAAAUAAAUGAGCCCACAACGUGUUACUCACUUAAACUGAAGCGUGCAGAAUAUCUGAAAGCGAAGAAGUAACAGUGAAGACAUCAGCAUGGCAUCACUAGAACAGACAAUUCAACAGAGUGUGCUGAAGACAGCACAAACAGUGGAACAACAGCUGGAUGCUGAACUGGAGAGACUAGAAAAGUUGGAUUCAGAUGACCUGAGCACACUCAGGCAACACAGGUUGAAGGACAUGAAGAAACAAGCACAACAGCAACAGGAAUGGCGAGUCUUGGGACAUGGAGAAUAUACUGAAAUUCCUGAAGAGAAAGAAUUUUUUGGAGUAACAAAGAAAUCGAAACACGUUGUUUGCCAUUUUUAUAAAAGUGGUUCACCUCGAUGUGAAAUUGUUGACCACCAUUUAAAAAUUCUCUGCAUCUCUCACCUAGAAGCCAGAUUUUGCAAGAUUGACGUGGAACGAUGCCCAUUUCUAACACAACGCCUUCGCAUAAAGGUCAUCCCCACAAUUGUACUGAUAGAAGACAGCAAAGCCAAAGACUACAUUGUUGGAUUCACAGAACUUGGAAACUGUGACGAUUUCUCAACAGAGAUGAUGGAAUGGCGGAUAGCUAAGUCCGGAUGUAUAAAUUACAAUGGGAGUCUCCUGGAGCCUCCAACUGAGGGCAAACGAACCAACAAGUUUGUUUUAGGUGCUGUUGGAAAGAAGCGUAUGAUUCGUGGCAGGGAUGACGACUCGGAUGAUGAUGAUUUCUGAAAUUUGCUUUUGGUCUUGAUAAUGAAAUUGCAGUUAUUUCAAACUUUUAAGGGAAAACAGUGAAUCUAACAUAAGGGUUUUGUUAUUAAAAAUCUAUUAAAUUUAAUAAUGUUAAUUUCUAUAAUUGUCUGCUUCUGUAUAUUUUGAUCAUUCUGCCUUGUCCUUGUAUUUUAUGAAAACAAUGAAUUACUAGUAAGUUGUAUACUUACAGUCACAUCUUA